ACCACAAGUAGUAUUUGAACAUCUUAUAACAUUAUUGUUUUACCUUUGAAGAGUUGACUUCAAUUCCUUUGAUGGAGUUCGCAUCUUCUUCUUCAUCAUCAUCUUCAUCCUUCUUAAAAUCAGAACCCCAUUUCUUAUACGAUGUGUUCAUCAGCUUUGGGGAAGAAGAAAUCGGUAGAAAGUUCGUUUCUCAUCUCCAUUCUGCCCUUUUACAAGCUCAAGUCAAAACUUUUAUAGAUGUGGAGAAUCUGUCGAAGGAAAUGAAGUUGGAAGAACAUAUGCGAGCAAUUGAACGUACUAAGAUUACAAUAAUUAUUUUCUCCAAGAGAUACACUGAAUCUGCCUGUUGUCUUCUUGAGCUUGAAAAAGUCAUUGAAUGCCACCAAAGUUUUGGUCAAAUAGUUCUGCCUGUAUUUUACGAGAUUGAAGCAUUCGACGUACGUCACCAUAAGAAUGAUUUUGGAAAAGCUAUGGAAGAAACUGCACACAAAAGCUAUUCUGGAGAACUAGUGGAACAUGCGUUGUCCAGGUGGAGUCGUGCACUCUUCACAGCUGCAGGUAUCAUUGGUUGGGAUGUCACAGAUUUUUGGCAUGAUGCUCAACUUGUGAAGAAAAUUGUUGGCCGUGUUCAGACAUUACUGGACUACAAAGACUUGUUUAUUACCCAAUAUCCUGUUGCAUUAUUAGAGUCCCGCGUGGAAGACGUGAUUAAAUAUAUUGAAAAUCAACCCUCCAAAGUGUGUAUCAUAGGAAUAUGGGGAAUGAGAGGAUCAGGUAAAAAAACCAUAGCCAAAGCCAUCUACAAUCGAAUUUAUCGUGAAUUCAUUGGUAAGAGUUUUAUUGAGAAUAUUACAGAAUUUGGGGUUCCAGACAAUAAAAGCUAUGUUGGUUUGCAAAGACAUCUUCAUUUUGAUGUCCUAAAAUCUUGGUUUGAUGUGGACAGCAUUGGGAUAGGAAGAACUAUGAUCGAGAAGGAACUUUCUCAAAAAAAGUUGCUCAUUGUGCUUGACGAUGUGAAUGAUUUUGUCCAAUUUGAAAUCGUAUGCGGGAAUUGUGAAUGGUUGGGUCAAGGAAGUGUGAUAGUCAUUACAACUAGAGAUGUUCACGUGCUAAACGGAAUCAAAGUUAAUUAUGUUUAUAAAAUGGAUGGCAUGAACGAAAAUGAUUCCCUUGAGCUUUUAAGUUGGCAUGCUUUUGGUGAAGGAAAACCAAGAAAAGACUUGGAUGAUCUUGCAAGAAACAUAGCUGCUUACUGUCGAGGACUACCACUAGCUCUUGAGCUCCUUGGUUCCUUUUUAUAUGAUAAGACAAUGAACGAGCGGGAAAGUGUAUGGUCGAAACUAAAUAGAACUCCAAUGUAUGAUAUUGAAAGCAUAUUAGAAAUAUGUUUUGAGUUAGAAGCUAUGGAAAAGGAUAUAUUUCUUGAAGUAUGUCGUUUCUAUAUUGGUAAAGAAAGAGGGUAUGUGACAGAUAUAUUAAAUGCCCUGGGACUACAUGCAAAUAUUGGAAUAACAGUUCUCAUAGAACGUGGUCUUAUAAAAGUUGACAGUGAUAACAAACUUGAAAUGGAUCCUUUGUUACAACACAUUGGAAAAGAAAUUAGUCGUGAAAGAUCAAGCAGGGGAAUCGGGUCGAUUAUGGAUUCUGAAUGACGUAAAAGAUGUACUCAAAGAGAAUACUGCAACAACAUUCUUUAUAUCAUUGAAACUUCUUUU